CAAAUAAUCACAUAUAAUUUAAUUCAAAGGAAAAAACAAACGAAUCUUAGUCGAAGUAGUAUUCUUUAUCGAUAGAUCUUUAUCGAGGAUUAAGCGUGUAUUGAACACCACUUAUUUCUCGAUCCAAGAAAAUAUCUAUCAUCUAAAAUCUUCUAGUUAAAUAAAGCGAGGAGUACGAAACAAAAUUUGUAAACACGUGGAUAACGGCAGUGUCGGUAUCGUUCGCCAUGUUGAAUACUGUACGCAUGCGCUGAAAUGUAAAUGGUACCGCGUGCGGAAAUGCGGUUACGUCACCGCUUUUCGUUUCCGCGACACAUCAGUUCAUCCACCCUAAUGGCGACUUCCAUUAACUCUCCACUCCGUCGACCUUAAAUCAUCGAAAUUUAAUACUAUCAGUCCCCUAAAUGAAAGGAAAAAAACCUAGAAAAGGACUGACGAUGUAACAACGUGUUUGCCAGACGAGUAAUAAAAACGAGGUGGGUUCUAGAAACAAUAUUUGUUUAUCAUACAUCAUGUGGGUUUCGUAGCUACGAACUAUGACGUGAGUUGGUGACGCGCCACCUCUUGACUUCUAUUAACUUUGAGAGUACACCCUUUGUUUACUGCUACAACGAGAAGAAAAACACUAAGUUUACUUACCUGUCUUUGUUAGAAUUCUUUCGUACUAUGGCCGAGUGGUUGGACUGGUCCCACUCCAAGACGUGUUGCCAUAGCAACAGAAGUGGGUCGACAGAGGGGUCGUUCCAGUAGGACAAAUUUAAACACUUAAUUAUUUGUAAUCGGGUCGGAAUAGUCGGUCAUAAUGUGAAAUAGCCCUUACUCAUUCAAAAAUUCGAGUGAAAUUAAUAUGGAUAUUAAUUGAAACUGAUUGAUGACACUAUUUAACUAGGACAGUUUUAAAACAGAUUGUUGACAGAUGAAAAACAUUUUAAACUGAGAAAAUGGAGAUAAAAGUAGAGCCAGAAAAUGAAUAUUCAGAAUUUACAUUGAACCCAUGUGAUGUAAAGUUUGAAGUGUUAAAGAAUUGCAAGAAAGAAUUAAAUAUGGAUACCAAAAAGUUUUGUAGAAGAAUUAAAUCUGAACCUUCAGAUAAUAAAUAUACACGAAUAAAUACUUAUGAAAAUUCAAGUUCAAGAAAUAAUACAAACUAUUCCAAUUAUUGGAGUAAUUCCAGUUAUAACAGCGAAAUAGAUUGUAAGAAAAAGGAAAUAAAAGAAGAGAAACGUGACAUUAAACAUGGCAUAAAAUUAGAAUGUAAAGUCGUUUUGAAAAGAUUGAAUUUUAAAGUCAAAAUUGAAGAUUGUAAAGAAGUUUAUCUCCCAGAUGAAUACAAAGAUUUAGAGCCUGUCAAGAACGAAUUCUUCAUUCCCGACAGAAAUUCUAACAGAAAUGAAACGAACGUACAAAUUAAGAAGGAAGAAGAAAGUGAGCAAUACGAUAUUCAUCACAAUUCAAAAAGACAAAAGAAUAAUAAGUGUAAUGCAAACAAGACGAAAUUCAUCCCUUCAAUUAGAAAAUGCAACAACAUCCAAGGAAAUAUAAUGAGGAAAUAUCUCAGAGUAACGCGUUCAUCUCACUCUAAACAAAAUCACAAAUGUGAUUUAUGUAAACAGACUUUUAUAAACAAGGAAAUACUACAAGCGCAUUUGAACUUUCAUAUCGGAAAGAAACCAUUUAGCUGCACAACCUGCAAUCAGAAAUUUUUCUGGCAAUUUUUACUGAGAAUACACAUGAAGGAACACAACACCGAAAAACAAAGCGAAAUUGAUCAUAGAAAUCUUCGUUUGCCAUCAUCAUCUGAAAUUCGUAAAACAUCUAAACGGAAAAACUUUCGAUGCGACAUCUCCGAUAAGCUACUUGCUUCAAAGGGCUUUUUAGAGCUGCAUCACAGAAGACAUCAGCAAGCACCUCAUUGUUGUAAGAUACGUAAAAAAGAAUUUCAAACGAAAUCGUUAUUCAGAAGACACCAAGUUAUUCAUAGUGAAGAUCGACCUUUCAAAUGCGAUAUAUGUAAUAAGGGUUAUAAAACGAAACGCCAUUUAAAAAGGCAUCAUGAAAUCCACAGUGAAGAAUGUAAGUAUUCUUGUCAGGUGUGUAACAAAAGUUUUAAGACACGACAGCAUUUAAGACGACAUGUUCUUAUACAUACCGAUGAAUGCAAUUACUGCUGUCAGAUAUGCAACAAGUAUUUUAAAACAAAACGCUAUUUACGACGACAUGAAAGAACUCAUGAAAGUGGUAAGUAUUUUUGUCACGUAUGUAAAACACGAUUCAAAAAUAGAUUUGCUUUUGACAGACAUCGCUUUGUUCAACAUCAGAAUAUGUUUGUUUGCGCAUAUUGUAAUAAGUCAUUCAAAACUAAAAAUAUGCUGAAAGCUCACUCGAAAAUCCAUAUUCAAAAAUGUAAUAUAUGUAAAAAAGAGUUUUCGUGUAAAAAUUCUUUAGUCAUUCAUCAGAGAAUUCAUUUUGAUAUAAAACCGUAUCUUUGUGAGGUGUGUAACACACGUUUCAUGUCAAAUUUUGGGUUGAAACGUCAUCAAAGUUCUCACAAUAAAGACAAUCUGCCUUACGUUUGUGAGGUAUGUAAGAAGGGAUUUUACACCAAAUCUCACCUCUUAAGGCACCAACCUGCUCAUCAAAGAAAGGAACAUUUUUGCAGCUAUUGUAAACGUAGAUUUAAAACAGAAACUAAACUGAAAUUGCAUUUACAAUUUUCUUGUUCAGAAAUACACUCUAAACGAUUAACUUAUCAAUGUAAUAUCUGUAAACAAACUUACGUAAAUAGUUUUGAUUUGGAGCGGCAUCUACUUGCAUACAAUAAUCAGAUACACUUCCGUUGUGACGUUUGUAUAAGGAAAUUUACGUCAAAAGUCGAAUUCGAAACUCAUAAAAAGACUGCUCAUCCUCCGGCAGGAAGGUAUAAAUGCAAAAUUUGCAAUAAGACAUUUCGGACACAAACUUUUCUAAAUAGACAUAUGAAAAUGAAUACCGAUUUAAGCGUUAUGAUAUGUGAUGUGUGUGGUAUGAAAUUCUGUUCGUUUAUUACUUUAAAACUUCACGUGCGAAGUCAUCUUUCGCAAUAGAAUUUUGUGUGUAAAAUACGUAUUAUUUAUAUUAAUAUACGAAAUAUAUUAUACAGGACAAUAGGUAGAAAUAUUGAGAUUUUUUACUGAUUAUUUUUAUGUUUUCAAUUUCGCUUAUAAUAAUAGAACUGCAAUUUUAAAAAAACUGUGGACUUAUAAAUUCUCAUUGUUCACCGUUGUCUGUCUUUUUUCAAUUCGAGAAGAGAAUAAGAUAAAGU